UACCAUUCCCGUUCCAAACGCAGAGGAAAUAGAGCAUCAUUUAUACUAGCUUCCACGAAUCGUUUCGUAGAUGGCUUCCCAGAAAGAAUCCUCCAUGGAAGAAGAGCACGCGGAGCGAACAACCAUGUCGCCGGAGGAGAUCGGAAAGUACCGAGCCACGGCGCAGCAGAGCUCCAUCAACGCCAUCCGGGCCGCAGAGGAGCGCUACGAGAAAGCCAAGCAGUCCGGCGCCUCUGCGCUCCAUGAAACAAAGGAAGCCAUGAUCCAUGGCUCCGACGCCACCAAAACUUACCUGGCCGCCAAGGGUAGCGAGGCGAAGGACACCGCGGUGCACGGGGCCCGCGUUGCUGCCGAGAAAGCUGCAGAGAAGGGAACCGCAGCGAAGGACUACGUUGCGGAGAAGGGCCAGCAGAGCUACCACGCUGCCGUUCAGGGUUCCCGUGCCGCUGCCGAUGUCACUGUAGAGAAGGCCUCUGCUGCCAAGGAUAUUGCGAUGGAGAAGAGCCGGCAGGGGUAUGAUGCAGCUAGGGAUACGGCAGUCCAGGCUGCAGCGAAGGCCAAGGAUGUCACUGUGAGUGCCGGUAAAAGUGCUGCCGAUUACGCGAAGCAAGCUGCCGAGAAGGCCAGAGAUUUGACGAUGAGCACCGGAAAGACUGCUGCGGAUUAUGCACAAGAGGCUGCAGUGAAAGCUAAAGAUGUGACCGUGGAGACUGGAAAGCGUGCUGCAGAUUACGCGCAGCAGGCAGGGGUGAAGGCCAAAGACGUGACGGUAGAAACUCGAAAGAGUGCCGCGGACCAUGCACAGGAGGCAGCAGCGAAGGCCAAAGAUGCAACCGUGAGCACCGGUAAGAGUGCAGCAGAGUCUGCCCGAGAGAAGGCGGUGGGAGCCAAGGAUGUAACCGCCAGUGCAGGUCAGAAGGCUACGGAGUAUGUUGGCCAGAAAGCAGGCGACGCAAAGGAGGCGGCUGAGGGUAAAGGUCGGAAAACCAAGGAGUUAGCAGAGCAGAAAGCGGCAGAAGCGAAGGAGACGGCCAAGGAGUCUAGCCAGCAAGCUAAAGAAUAUGCUCAACAAAAAUCUACUGAAGCAAAGCAAAAGCUCGGGGAACAGACCCAGGAGGCGCAGGAGAAACUUCAGAAUCUCUCACUCGGUGGAGAGGAAGAGGCUGGUGAUGAUAGCGGCUACGAAGAACCUGAGGAGAAGAAGAAACAAGAGAAGAUGGAGCACAAGCAGAGAGAGAAAAAAAUUGAAGCAGGAGAGAGCGGAGAGGCUCCAGUGCAGCAAACAGAUCUGAUAGUGGAAGAAGAGAGUGCAGGCACCACUGCUGUCGGGAACUUGUUUGAAGCUGUGGGUGCAGCUGUAAUCGGAGCAGCCCAAUCUGCCAAAGAGCUGGUUAUGGGAAGACAACCGGAGGAGAGGAAAGAGUGAACAAAUGCAAAUGCAUUAAGCAACAGUUAGUUUGAGCUUUGUAGCUUUCCUUGUAAAGUUUGGCGUCUUAUAAUAAUGUGAAUAGAACAGGGAUGAACGUAUAGAUGAAAUGGCUCUAGCAAUUA